CUUAAUUCGUGAUUAUAAACUAUAACAAAAAUUUGCGGUUUAUUAAUUAAUAAUUAUGUAAUUUUUUUGAAUUAAACUAUUUUAUUCGAUACAAUAAUUUGUAUUUACCUACUCGAGUUGUAGGUUCUUAAGUACUUAAGUAAGUUUCGUGUUUGUAAGAUUAUAAGCAUUUUAUUCUUUGGGAGUAAGUUUCUUCAAAUAUGUAUACAGAAGACUAUGUAUUAGCGGUAAGUCAACUUUUUAAUUAUAAUAUUUUAAACUUCCUUUCCGUUAUGUCUUAUUUAUUUUGAAUUAUGUUAUUAUGAUAUUUUAGACCACAACAUUUUACAAUGAAGAGAAUGGCCUUGCAUUGGCGGUAAUUGUACUUUUAUACUUUUUACCCUUUAAUAUUAUAAUGAUCAACAAUAAAAUAUAUCUACUAUACUUUAAUUUUUACAGAAUUUCUUUUCAUUGAGAGAUAAUUCAUCAAAAGAUUGGAGCCAGAAAAAUACUAUUGAUGAUCUUCAAAAAAUUGCUGAAGAUAAUGAGCUUGAUUUUGAAGUUGAAAUAGUUGCACAUUUAAAGUAAUUAUUGGCGUAAAAGCAAUUUUAAGGCGUUGAAUUAAAAUAUAUAUGAAAAAUUGAACUUCUUUUUAGAAUUAUUAGAAGUUAUAUUUAGAAAUAUAAAAUUGGUUUUUAACUAAAUUUUUAAUACUCAAAAUGAUACAAUCAGUAUUUUUCAGAAAUUACCUACCUAUUAUUUUAAAAGUUAAAGUUAUUUAAAAACUAAAUGUUAUUAUUGUACAUAAUACAUAAUUUUAGGAAACAUUACUCUCGUAUAAACUACAUUAUUUAUUUUCCUGUUACCUACAGUAUUGAAUACAGAAAAUUUCUCUGGGAAGAGCUCACUUCUUUUUAUUUGUCAUUUUGUUGACAGAUUUAUUUGUCAAGGGGAGAUAAAUAAAAUUUCAGGAAGAAGUAUUUGUCCCCUUAAGUAUACCUUAAUUCAACACUUGUUACCUAGCUGACAUAAUUUUGCAUAAUAUAUUAGGGAUUAUUUUCAAUUAAAAAUUUGACAUGAGUUCAUGAAGCGACCAAAUGGCGGUGACUGAAGAUUAAGUAAGGCGAGGUUUAGGAUUUUACUUUGAACACUAUCUUCCUUAUAGCAAUAUUAGGUUAAAAAGUAGUCUUGUAAGUUAGGUCAGUGGUAUUUUCGAUGUUGAAGAAUGAUGCAUAGUUUUCAAAUCUUAAAUCACACAGUUUUAAACUUAACUAAUAUUGGUUAUAAAUUUUAAUAUAUAAUGGUAAAUAAAUUAUUAUAAAAUACUUAAUUACAGAUAUAAUAGUUAAGUAAUUAAUAUUUGUAUAAAACCCAUUUUUAUUGAAUUAAUCAAAGACAAAAAUUGUGUUAAAAGUUUUCAUCAUUAUUUCAUACUCAUUUAAUAAACAAAUGUCAACUAGUUUGCAUAAUGUAAAACAAAAGAUAAUUUAGAAAUAUACGUAAACGCUAUAUUUAUAAUUUUUUAAGUCUAUCAUAAAUUUAUCAAUGUUAACUUUAUAUAUAUAUAAAAAAUGUUUAUGUUAUUAAAUUUCUUCAGGAAAUAUUUUUUAUACAUCCCUUAGUGUCAGGCUUGUUAUAAGACUAUAAGGAGUAACUGCUUAUAGUUGUAUAGGAAUGUAUGUACUAUAGGUAGUAAACUAAAAUAUUUAUGAAAAGUAAAAAAGGCCUGUAAACAUUGAAAAAUGCAGUGGCUCUUGUGAAUUUAUUAGGUGGGUAGGUUUUUAAUGAUGCUUCUUCAGUUUUUGAAACCCACUGAGUCGCAUUUAAUGUAACUAAAAAUAUGUCAUAUUAAUAUUAUUUUAAAUUAUUUAAGUGUUCUCAAAGCAGUUAGCGAAAAAAAAUAUGACGAAGCUUUCAAAGGACAAUUGGCAAUUUUUCAAAACAUUGUGAAGUAUCUUCAGUCAUCUGAUAGUGAAAACUGGAUGGUGCCACUCGCUAAUACAGUGAGUAUAUUUUUAUUUUUAAAAAUAGAUAGUUUUAAAGUAAAAUGUUUUUUCUGUUAGGUUUGUGUAGAUCUCAGAUACCUUUUAAAUGCAUUUGAUACAUUAGACUCUUCUUCUAAGAAACAGAAAUUGGAAAAAUAUAAUGAUUUUCAAAAGAAAUAUAUUGAUUCAAUGAUGAUGUAUUUCCGUAUUUGUUCUGGUGACACGUAAGUUAUAUUUUUACUGAUUAUUAACCAUGACUGUUAAAAAUUCAAAUUAUUUUUAUUUUAUCUAUGUUAGACGAGCUCCAGCACGCCACUCCAAACGUUGGACAAUAAUGUUUAUUGUUAACCAAAUGUUGAAAGUGUAUCAUAAAAUUAAGAAAUUUCAUUUGACUACGGGUUUGACAAAAACUAUUUUAAUGUGCCCAGACAAGAAUAUAUUUCCAGUUGCUCAUGUGGUCACCUUUUACUAUUAUACUGGUUGCAAAGAGAUCUUUGAAGGCAAAUUUAAUGAUGGUAAGUUAUAUCAGAUAUCGUUUUCAUCAAAAAACCAUCCAAUAUUUAUUAUUAAAUUUGGUAAUUUAUGCUUGAUUUUUUUUUCUUAUCAAACUGCAUCUAUUCAAAGCUUAUGUUAUAAAUUGUGAUGGGCACUACCAAGUGAAAGCUAUUGACUAUUGACACUAUAUAUUUAGUUGAUAAAGUACUUGGUUGUUUUUAAUCUAUUGAUAGUCAAAAACACUAAGUUGUUUUGUAAACCAGUCGGUGCCAAUACUACCGAUAAAAAACUGUUGGACUAUUGAGUAGUUCAUUUUAUUGAUAAUAUAUAUUUAGUUCAAAAAAUACUCUUGUUGGUUUUAUACUAUCGAGUCAAAAACACUCUGUUGUUUUUUAAACUAUCAAUAGUAAAAUCUAGUCUGUGCUACUAUUGAAUGAAAACUAUCGAUUGACAAUUAAUAGUUAAAACUAGUCGGUUCCGCUCAUUACUAGUUAUAAAAUAUGUACUUCACAGAAUUUUGCAUUCAUAGGCUAAUUCUAAUUUUAUUUUUAUUUAAUCAGUAUCAUUAUAAAUCCCAUCAGAAUUGUUCUUAACAAAAUAUCUAUGCAGGAUCCUAUUUAUUUUUAACAUAAAUAUUCAUUAUAUUAUUCUAUCUAUUACAUAAAAUCGAACAACUUUCACAUAAUUGUAUCACAUUUCAACCUAAUCAUUGCCUUGUGUUUACAAAUAGUGCCUAUUGUGCAUGUAGUAUCUGAAUAAUAUUUAGCAUACACAUUAUUUAUUUAUAAUACCUGCCGUCAAACCAAUAUACUUGGAGCAAAAACCUGUUUUUAAUUAAGUUAAUUUUGUUAUUUUCUUAUAAAUUAACCGAGAAAUAAAUUUUUGGUAACCUAAUAAAACUGCUCAAUUUUAUUUGCUUUUCCAUAAUUUUAAAAUUAAAUUUAAAAAUACUCCAAGUAACCCAAGUAAGUUUUACGGUACCUAAUUGAAUUAUUUGUGGUUAUUACAGCUAGAGAAAAUUUGAUAAUAGCUUUUGAAAGAUGUUAUAGAAAGUCUAUUAAAAAUAAAAAAUUGAUCUUACAGAAACUUAUACCUUUAAACAUGCUACAAGUAAGUAAAUAUUCAUUCAUUGUAAAAUAUGAAAAGAAAAUUAUAAUAUUUUUUUUUAGGGGAUAAUGCCAUCUUUAAAUCUUCUUAAAAAGUAUGAUUUGGAUGUAUUUAUGGAUCUGACUACCUCUUUAAAAACAGGGAAUGUGAAACUAUUUAGAGAAUGUAUUGAUAAACACGAAGUGUGUUAUAUGAAGUGUGGAAUAUAUUUAGUGUUGCAAAAAUUAAUAAAUAUUGUUUAUAGAAAUCUUUUUAAGAAAUUGUAAGUAUUUUGAACACUAUCAAAAAGUUGUUCUUGUUGAUAUUAUUUACUUAUAAAUUAAUACAAAUUUUGGUAGUGAAUGAUUUUUAUAUAAGUACCUUAAAAAAUUGUUUUUAUAAAAAAAAUUACUUACAUGAACCAUUUUAGAUGCUUAUAAUAAGUUACUUAUAACAUGUUCGCCAAAAUGUAUUCUUUUUUAAAGAAAACAUAUUAAUUCAUAUGAGUAGAUAUAGAUUUUCAAAAAACUAGUUAUUCUAGAAUUUUUAUUUUUCUUUAAUGAAUUAGGUAUCUUAGAUAUCUUGAAAAUUCAAUAAGAAAUAAUUUGAAUUAUAAUAAUUAAAAAAAAAUAAUAUAAAAAUUCCUAAAACCUAUAUUGUAUUUUAAUUAGAUCAAUUAGAAUUAUUUUUAUUAAUUUUCCAGCUUUUUAAUUGCCAACAAUCACAUUAUACCUGUUGAAACUAUUGCGGCUUUAUUAAAAAAGUUUGAUGAUCCUGAAACAAGUUUUGAUAACGCACAAUCUUUAUUGGUGAACAUGAUUUAUAGAGGAACACUUCGUGGAUAUUUAUCGCAUGCCCAUAAGAAAGUCGUAUUGAGUAAAAAAGACCCAUUUCCUACAGGUAGACAUGUAUUUGAUAAAACUACCAGAUCAAUUAAUGAAAUAGGGCAUAAAUAAUUUAAUGUUUUUUUUAUUUUAUGACAAAUGUAUUAUUUUUCAAUAUUAUUAUAAAUAUAUUUUGUAUGAUCAAAAUUAUGGAUAUUUUUUUUUAAAAAAAUAAUUAAUACUGUUGUAACUGGAAAGUUAGGAAGGUAGGCUACAUAGUUAUUUAAUUUAUAUCUGUAAACAAUAAUAAACCAUUACAAAUGAAAUACGAUUCUGAGCAAAGUUCAAUUGUACAUGUUUUGAAAUGCUGUAAUAUUUAUGAUUUUCACUAAAAUUUGAUCUUAAAUUAAUUACAAAAAAACUACAUUAUGCUCAAUUUUUUUUUUACCACUAAGUACAUCUUAUAAUGAACCUCACUAUGAAUUUUCAAGCAUUCCUAUUAAGUCGAAACAUAAUAAAAACAUUAGCCUUAACUAUCCUCAAAUUCUAAUGCAAUAAUAAAUAUUUUAAAAGUGCUAUUGGGUGUGCCAUUAUUUUAGGCCGUGAAGAUAUAAAAAGUAAUAAAACAUAUAUCUGUGGACACCAAUAAACCAUUGGUAAUGAAAAAUGAUUCUAAGUAUUAUUAGUAAUUGUUAUUAAUAUAACUAUAUUUUUUCCCUUAUUUCCAAGGUAAUCAAGAAAUCAACGAAAAUUAUAUAAAAAAUUCCCAAAUUUUCCCGUUUAUUAAUGAAAAUUAAAAAAUAUCCUCCUCAGUGUUCCGAAAAAUAUUUUGAUAAGAGCAAGUUUAUUGGUAAUGGUAAUAAAUUUAUGAAUAUAUACAAAAAAAAAAAACAUUAAGAAUUAAAUUUUUUGUUUCACAGCCAAAAUAAAAGUACUGAAACUGUCUUGAUUUCUUCAACUGGUAUAUACUAUAUUAAAAUAUUGUUAAAUUAACGAUUAUCAUAUUCUCAUUAGAAAUUAAUUUAUAAUAAAUUGUUAUUUAUUGAUUUUAAGAUUAAUAAAGCAUAUAUUUAUAAAUUUAAAAUAUUUUAUUAAAACUGAUAAAUUAAACAAUGAAUUAUACAAUUUACCAGCAUUAAUAAAAAUAUAUUACGUACAAAUAUUUAUCUGAAUUUCGUCUUACAAUACUUAGCUAUCAUAAUACAAAACCGAAAUAAGCAAUAAAGAAUUAAUACAGUCAAAUUAACAUUUAAGUUAACAAAUAUUUAUUUAUAAAUACGUGGAAUGAUGAAGUACAUGUUUUUAGUAUUAUAAUACAUGCAAUAUAAGUUGAUUAAGUUGUUCUAGUUUAAAGUUUUUUUUGGAACCUAUUUAUAAAGUUAAUAGAACUUCCAAGAACAAUUGUUUACAAUAAACAAAAAAAAUUGAUCUGGAGUUCUUGAAUUAUGAACAGAAUUGAAUACAUUAUAUCAAAUUAUACACCACAAACAAUAUUAACAAAUACAAUUUUUAAGUAAACAUAUGUAAUUAAUAUAAUGUAGUAUUCUAUUCGAAAUUUAAUGUAUACAUGGUUUUGUGAUUUAAAAAAAAUACAAUUCAUUAUAAAACAAAUGAAAUAAUUUAUUUACUUAUCGAUCAUAAUUAAUAAUCAUACUUUCACUACUUGGUAGAUUUACUAAUCAUUCAACCUAUUAUACAGUAUAAAGGAAUUUCAAAUAAAAUAAAACUAUGAAAAAAAAAAAAAAACAAAUAUACACAUGAAACAUUUUAAAUUUGAUUUACUUAUCACCCAUUUUCACUUUGGAAGUUAUGUAAAUGCCAACAAUUAGACCAAAAAGACCAAUCGCACUUCCAAAAAUUUCUACUAUCAAAAUCUUGACAAAGAGAGAAGAAUUGGCAGCAUCUGCUAAUGCUGCACCAGAACCAACUACUCCAACAGCGAUACCGCAAAAUAAGUUCACCAAACCUACACUGAUGCCGGCAGCAAAAAUUAAAUAACCAGCCAUCCAAUUUUGCUCUCGAAUACUUUUAAGGGUAUCCACGUUGUCCGUGAACGAUUCCAAUUGACCGGACAUAACGAUUGCGGUGAUGAGUCCAUAAAUAGCCACUGCUUCACAGAAAAUGACGGAGAUGAGGUUCUUGGUCUUGAUACGAGGCGCUUUCACACCACCGCCGACAAUGCUCACGCCAGUUGUAUGUAUUCCCAAAGCGGCUCCGACAACGGACAGUGCAACUGCAAGCGAUAUACCUAACACGGCCCACAUGUAGGGCGACGUGUUAGCUAAAAACCAACCGAUACUGAUUUGUUCACCUUUGCCGGCCAAAAGGUAGAACAAAACAACGGACCAGAAUACCGUGCAUGUCGUUCCGAAGAAGGUGUAACCUAAUAUUGCUCUCAACCUCAUUUUCGUUAUUUAUUAAUUUGAACGGGUUUUAACAGAAAAUUGACGUAUAACUUGAACACGAUCGAUUCACAUUAAAAAUAAAAAUAUAAUAUCGCCAAAGGACUCCGCCCAAAAUACUGUUUAGAUCACGGCUUUAGAGAAACUACUGUAAUCAGUUUUAAACUUCAAAACAUAUGGUUUUUAAUCUACCAACUGGUGUUUAAAUGUUCUUUGGUUUAGAUCACGAACUACGAUACUAUCUAUUUUGGACAACUGGCAAAUGGAUGGUAGUGGUGCAGACGUGCAGUCGAUUAUUGAACGGG